AAACUCGGUCUCUUCAGACAUUAAUGCUACUCUACAGAGGAUGAGAAAAAGGAAAAAAUCUUCAGUAUUAUGUUAGAUGGACUGACGUCACAGUUACGCCUGUGUGUUAGAUCAUGGUUGGGGCGGAUCCGGGUGAGGCGGACCGGGUUCCAUCUAUUUGUAUUCCUUACUUUUUCCCUUUGCAUGCUGUUCUCCGUUUUCCGGAUUUUGGGCCAUGGCGGACUAAACAGGAAUGUUGACAAGUCUUCUAACAACGGACACCUGUCGAUGAUCCACCUUCUAAACGAUCAUGGGGUGUAUGAGAAUUAUUUUGGUAAUUAUACCGUUGGGAACUGGAGUUCGUGGAACGUGACGGACAAGAGAGAGAUAUGGAGCCACCCUCAACUGGAUAUCUUACAUAGCGAAAAACCCAGUUUUCUUCCAAACUUUAAAAAUCCGUGCUGGUAUGAAGAUCUACAUGAAGCAAACGUUUACCAAUUCAACAAAUAUUCCGUCAUCUCUCGAAACAUUCGAACGACCAUGACCGAACUCAUCAAGGAAUGGGCUAUUCGUAUCGCCAAAGAUAGGCCUGCACGACGUCUGCGCUGUCUACCAUACUUUCUAAUCGUGGGACAGCCUAAAUGUGGCACGACCGAUGUGUAUCGGAAAAUUGUCCGGCAUCCUGACGUCAUCAACCCUCCAAUCAAAGAACUUCACUGGUGGUCUCGAAAUCGACAGGGUCGUCGACUCAACUAUACUGAUAUAAUCCCCCUUUCUGACUACAUAGACAUGUUCGACAUGGCAGCUUUUCACAUUGAGAGACGAUAUGCACGUGAUCCGGAAGUUGAAAAUCCGGAAGUUCAAUAUCAUCACACCAUAACAGGGGAGGCAAGUGCGUCAAUACUUUGGGAGAACGACGACUGGUUCCACUUCAGAGAAAACCAAGGUGCCACGGAGCCUAGAUACACCAGCGCUGACUACAUACAUCACGUGAUACCGAAGGCUAAAAUUAUCAUCUGUGUCCGGAAUCCCACAGACAGGUUGUAUUCCGACUAUCUUUACUUCACCAAAACCAACAAAUCAGCGGAAGACUUUCACAGAGCCGUGACGUACGCUGUUGGGGUUUACCAGAACUGUACAGAACGGCAUUCCGUCAGAUAUUGUGUAUACAACAGGACCAUAGCCUAUCUGUCCAGGGUUAGACUACGUCUGGGUAUGUACUCUGUGUAUAUCAAAGACUGGCUCAGAAUAUUUCCUGCUGAACAAAUCUUAAUGAUCUCCUUGGAGGACUACGCCAAACAUCCCAGGAAGACACUCAAUAAAAUCUAUAAAUUUUUGAACGUCAGAAUCCUAGAUGGGGAAGCUAUGCGAUCAAUAGCAAAGAUGAAAACAGCGAACAAACGAAAGAAGUCAGACCGCAAUGUCGGUGCCAUGUUGAACGAAACCAGAAGGCUGCUAAACGAAUUUUAUGAACCUUACAAUCAAGAAUUGGCAGACAUUUUAGAAGAUGAUAAGUUCUUAUGGGAACCGGAAGAAAAUGACUACGAAAGUGUGGAAGACAAAUGAAUCUCGAUCCCGAAGUUAAAAUAAAUGUUGGAUUUUGAUAUUUGAUUAAAGAAAUGUGAAUUUAUGUUUAUUAGAUUUAUUUCUAUUUGUGAUAUUUUGAUUACUUGAUGAAAAAAAUGUAUGUAUGGAUGAACUUAUUGUACAUAUGGAAAUGAGUGACUUAUUGUUUUGAAAGAAAUGCGUAAACGAUGUAUAUUUGAUGGUUUACUUUAUCUUACUAAUUUUUCACAGUAAUACACGAAUGUAUGUAUGUACAACUGCUUAGUUUUUUUUAAAAAACAAUGUCCAUGACUUAUUUUUUAUAGACAUUAAUACUAUUAUAUAAGUAAGAAACAGGCAUCUAUGGUGAAUAUUAAGUAAAGUGUGAUGUAGUUAACAUUUUCACUUUGAUAGUUUCUCAUAUUGAGAAUGAUUUUCUUAUUUGUUCACAAUGUGGACCAUUUUAUAUGACCUGUAUAGUUAAUAAUAUACAUGUGAGAAAUCCUCAUACACAUAUUUUAUUGUAUUUUUAUGCCUUUUUUAAAAUUGGAUUUUUUUCUGAAAAAAUAAUUAUAAUUGCAUAAUUAUGUAGAUUAUCUAUAGGACUCAUCCAUCUGACUUUGUUGUCGCAUUUCUAUUCAUUAUUUGGCCAUUUGCAAUGGUGAUAAAAUAUUGUAAAGAAAACAGACAUUUCCCUAAGAUGUAAUUAUUUAAUACAUGUAUAUGAUUGUAAUUCCUCGCAUUAUUUAUGCCCAAAUACAAUAUUAAUAUAUACUCUUCCUAUACAUGUGACCAAUCUCUAAUAGACUACAAAUAUGCACUUCUCUUCUGCGAGUCACAUAUAUUAUUUUGAAAUUGAGCAGAACAAAAUGUAUUAAUUCUCUCACGGUAUGUCACUCAUCAACUUUUUGGAAAGUUCGGUCAGAACCUCUAACUUGAAAACUAGUCAUUUUGAUUAUAUUUUUAUAAUAUAUUUGAAUUAAACAAUGCAAAUUAAACAAUAUUUAAUUUAAAAACUGCUCACAAAGUCAUAAAGAAACAAGAUUUAUGGGGGACUAUUUCUUGUGGUGGAAGGAUAUUUAGAAGAAAAUUCUUCAGAUCUACACAUUUGUUACAUGUAAUAUCUUUGAACUAUAACCCAAAAUAUUUUUACUCAGAAAAAAUUUUCCGUUGUUAUUUGCUAGGAAAAUUAAAUAUAAGUGCCAAUGUAUAUUUUUAGAACAGAUUUUACGCAUUCAUUCAACAGACUUUGCCAAGAAAGGAAAAUAAAUUAAAGAAAUCUAGAUAAAAGAUGCACUGUUUUUUGCCUGAAAAUCGCAUAUAUUGACAACUAUCUCAAAAUUUACAUCACUGACUCAACUUUUUCUUUCAAUAUUUUGAACUACACGGUACUUCCAACCGAUCAGCACUAAAUUCAUAAAAGGCUUGACACAAGAAUAUAUUUCAUUGCCUAUUUAGAUUUUUAAUACCCCAAAUAUGAUACUUUUUAGUGCAAUAAAGGUCACACAAUAAUUUACGCGGAUUAAUUUCAAUUGCAUGAUUUUUUUCAAUGAUACAUAUUAUUAAAACUAUUUUACGUAAAAUAAAUUUAUAUUUAUUGCCAUGAUUACAUCCGAUAAAAUAUGAUAAAGAUUAAAGUGAUUAACCUAAGGGUUACAAUUUAAGUGCAAAAAGGUCAAGUUAAUUGUACCGUUGCUCAGUAAGAUGCACACUGACCCCCAAUUUUCUUUGCGAUUUUGAAUCAUGCUAUAUGAGUACUUAUCUAAAAUAUACUUCUCAAAACCCUUGAUAUAACUUAUUUCACGAGUGACAUACCUUAAUUUAAGUUCUCAAUCUUACACCAACUUUGAGCGUUAUUGUGAUAAACAUAAAGAAAAGUUAUAGUGUUGAGUGAUGAUAUAAUAUAAUUGUUACAAUGGCUAUACUCUUUAUUUAUAAUUUAUGCUAAGUACCUUUACUAUUGAUGUACAUUUAUUUCAUUUUUCGCAUUAAUACCCUUGACUCGUUGUCUACUGACUCUCUCACUCUCACUCUCUCUCAAUUCAUUUCCAAUUACAGUUCAAGAAUCCAUAUAGACCGAGUUAUCUCUGCCAUUGUUGUUCCUAUGGAACUAAAAUUUAUUCUUUUUGACACCUAGUACUCACCACCUCUGUGAUUUCCUAGGUGUUUCCGUCGUUAAUCUGUAUACCCCCCACCUAUCACUGUUAUGUAUACAUGUACACCCACCUUCUAGUGAAAUCCAUUUACCUUUGUGAUGUCCCGCCAGAAAUUUAUAUAUCGGCGUGGUCAUAUUGUUUGUUAUUCAUGUCUCCAGACUGUCGACAAGGUCAAACAUGCGGGGAUCCAGGAAUUUUUUCGGAGGUUGGGGAGGGGGCACUACCACUUCAAAAAAAUCCCACUCAGAAUUAUUUUUUUUUUAUCAUGCAAAAAAACCCCAAAACUAAACAUGCAUUCUCUCAUCCGAAAAUCCUAACCCCCCCCCCCCCCCCCCCCCCCCCGUUAGCUCCAUGCACGUCCAAUUUAACAUUCAGAAACAACUAUAGAUAUUGUCACAUGUUAUAUUAAUUAAACUGUCAAAAUUUCUUGACCAGAGCUUUUCUUUUUACCUUGUCCUCAUCUUAACUCCAAUUUCCAAUUUUGUGGUUAGCUCUAGUUUCAUGUUUGAAUUCUCUAAAUGUAUAUAGAAAGAUCGAAUAUAAGACAUAAUUUAGCUGUGUGUGAAUCAACAUUACAGAAUACACUACAAAAGGCAAAAGAUGUAUUAGAUUUUCUACAGUGAAUAAGAUUUACAAUUUCAGUUCAUCGCAAUUAAUGCUUGUUCAGAAACGGGGUACAUUUCUUCUUAUGUUUUAAUGCAAUUGUAUCAUUAGGCGGGUCCCUCAUCUUUUAAGGACGUGCUCUACUUUAUUUAAUUUUGCAUAUUUUUAUUAUAUUUUCAGUCAAAUUACCCAAUCUAUUUUUUUAUAUUUCUGCAUAGAAAAUCGAUGAAUUCUUAUUGUUUUGUCAUUGUAAUCAUAAAUUACUCAAAUUUUCGUCUUUGUUGAUAAUUGAUAUAUAUUGACAAUAUUGUAUUAAAAGUUUUUCUAAGGUGCAA